GUCUGUCUUGUCAUACGGAAGUCAUUAAGCGUACACCUGGUUGAUCAUCGCAAAAGGGUCUAGGAUCAGGUCGAUAGAGACCCUCGAACUUAACCUUAUGUCUUUAAUAAAGCGCGAGGCUACGCCUGGAUAAGAAAAUAUGCGUGUCGGUGUGGAAUUUGCUUCAGUUGACUUCUGCACGUUAAAAAGGUCAAGUUGUUCAGGCAAGGUCGAUUUACAUAUCCCAAGUAUAAGAACUUUUUUAAAUUAUUAAUAUUAAUAUUAGUUCAUGAAAAAGAACAUGUAUAUUCAUAAACAUGUAAAUAAAAUAAUAUCGAAAUUUAUGUGCGUAUGCAUAAAUUUAAAUAUUGCGCAAAUCAUUGAUUUUAAUUUGCUCACAUCCGGAUUUUCCAGCACAUGGCAAUGAAUAUUGCACUGUUUUUUGAGAAGAAAUCUCUUGUUUGUUCUAUUUUAAUCCUUAUGUGGCUAAACGAACGAACCUCAGGACUCUGCUUGAAAACUUUUAAUACUACUGAGUAUACUCUCUCGCAAAUUUUAGGUCUAUGAAUUAUUUGCAAACUUCCAAUAUGCUAAGUAAACGUCAAGAGAAUGUGCCAAGCAAAUUUUUGUAACUUAGAUAAUUGUUUGCUACAUAUAUAGCAUACUAUAUACAAUAACAACUGUUGUAAUAUACACUAUAAAAAUCAUUCUGAAACAAUAAACAUGCAAUGAAUACUCUAUUUAUCUGUUAAUAAUUAAGUUUAUCAAAGUGAAAAUGUCCAAUUCAGAAAGUGGUGUGGUAUGCAUUAGUGAAGUUACUCUUGCGAUUAAUAAAGCAAGAAGUUCUCAACCAGGUACUGUGAGAAUUCUUGAUAGUCCUGACUCUGAUGGAUCUGGCCAUUCAAAUUCAUUUACUGUUCAACGAUUUAACUAUGAUCCCAAUGAUACUAAUACCAGCUCAGAUAUUCUUCAAUCACCUCUUACCAGCGAUGAUUUAAGAGUACCCAUUGUUGGUUAUGAGAUUAUGGAGGAAAGAGCUAGAUUUACAGUCUAUAAACUUCGAGUUGAACUAAAAAAUGGUGAUUGUUGGUUUGUAUUUAGAAGAUACACAGACUUCGUCCGAUUACUAGCUCAAUUAAAAAAACAAAAAGUUCCUAUUUCCCAUUUGUCACUGCCAAGAAAGAAGUGGCUUGGAGAUAAUUUUGCUCCAAGUUUUUUAGAAGAAAGAAUACAUGGGCUUCAAGCAUUUGUUAAUGAUAUAUUGAGCAGCCCAAUUUUCAUAGGUGUUGCUUGUGUAAGGGAAUUUUUUUGUUUAGAUGAACCUCCUGUGUUAUCAGAUACAGCAGAAGAAUCUAGAGCAAUAUUUGAAGCAUUGGAAGAUACAAUUUAUAAUUUGAGACAACAACUAAGAGAGUAUGAUGCAGCACUUAAGGCUGAGAAGGCCCAGUGUAAUGAACUUCGGAAUAAGCUUCAUCAGAUACUGAGUGAAAGACAAACCUGUUCAAAAUGUGGUGCAACCUAACAGAGUAAUUUUAUAAAUUUUAUAAACUUAAUAAUAUUAGAUCUGAUAACAUUGAUGUGUAUAAACCUUAAAUCAAUAUUAUUAUAAAAAAACGAAUGCAAAAAAGAUAUUUUUUAAGAUCUUGUUACAAGAGAGAUAUUUAUGAAUAAUAUUUUUUAAAGAUAUAGAAGAUUAUAUUAAUCGUUAUAUAUUAGCAAGAAUUUUAUCAGUAUUACAGUAAAUUAUGUUAAGAUUUUAUUUGCAAAUUUUUAAAUUUGACAAUUUUACAGAGAAUCUCAAUAAUUGAUUAUCCUUUUAAAUAAAUUAUAAAUAAUAGCUCAUCUAAUUUUAAGUGAUAUAUCAAUACAUAUUAAAAUUAGAUAAGUUUAUAUAUAUAUAUAUAUAUAUGAAUUUACAUUUACAAUUUAUUUAUUGAAAAAGUGCUUUUAUAUUGAAGAAAGUGAUAUUGAUGUGAUGAAUAUGUCCUCAGUUCCAAACAAAAGAUGUGUUAAAUGUAUUCUUAUAUACUUUUUAUUGUAUGUGUAUUAAAUAUAAAAAAAAUAUAAUUAAAAUACACAAAAAAAAUGAAAUUUAUAUAAUUAAAUGAGUGUCCAGCAGGCUGGAGAAUUCUAAUCAUAGUAGUUUUCUACAUUUGUUUUUCAUUGCAGUUGUUCAAAAUUUUAACUGACUGUGCAAAGAAACUGAGGAAAUUCAAAGAUAACUUUUGCACAUGAUAAUAUUUUCAUAUAAUCUGAUAUUUUAUAUAAGAAAUUAUACAUUUGAUAAGGUUUACUCAUUUUAA